AUGGACAUGAAUGUGAGCUUCUCCAAAUCGCCUCAUGAGAAGAAUAUUGACGAAACCGAGUACAUGAGAGUCAUUGGAUGCCUUCGCUAUCUCUUGCACACACGACCCGAUCUUUCAUUCAGCGUUGGUGUAAUUAGGAGGUACAUGCAAGAACCUAAAGAAUCUCAUGGUGCGGCUUUAAAGCAAGUGUUGAGGUAUUUGUGUGGUACUACAUCACUUGGCUUACAGUUUACAAGAACAACAAGGUGUGAAGUGAUAGGCUUUAGUGAUAGCUCGCAUAACAUAGACGUUGAUGAUGGUAAGAGUACGACUGGACAUGUCUUCUAUCUCGGCGAUAGUCCUAUAACGUGGUGUUCUCAGAAAACGAGAUUGUGGCAUUGUCUUCUUGUGAAGCUGAGUUUAUGGCCGCUACGGAAGCUACAAAACAGGCGAUAUGACUCCAAGAACUUUUGA